ACCAGUAAACGUCGUCAACAAUGACAACGAUGUUACCUCCUUAGAUAAACACGUAACUUUAAGGUUAUAUACAUCGUGGUUAUGGUUUUCAACAAAAUGAAUGGUUGAUUAACCUAUUCUGUAAUGUUAGUUUAAGCGUGUAAGGUUUUCUGUUAUAUUUAUGCGGUGCGCGUUAAAAUGAGCAAUACGAAGGAAAAUUCUACGAUUCCGGCGAAAAAUACAACUACAGGAAAUACAAAGCCGUACGGAAAAAUUGUGCUAACACUACAAAAUUGUCUUCUACCCGAUGAAAAGCUUAACUCGACGCCGUCCUAUUUAGAUGGGCUAGAUGCAGAAACUGAAACAGACUUGAGGAUAUUAGGAUGUGAACUAAUACAGACAGCUGGCAUUUUACUAAAAUUACCACAGGUUGCAAUGGCCACAGGACAAGUAAUAUUUCAACGAUUUUAUUAUAGUAAGUCCUUAGUUAGACAUAAUAUGGAAACGACUGCGAUGGGUUGUAUCUGUCUGGCAAGUAAAAUUGAAGAAGCACCCAGGCGUAUCAGAGAUGUUAUUAAUGUAUUUAAUCAUAUAAAACAAGUUUCUAGCCAAAAGCCAAUACAGCCAGUAAUACUUGAUCAAAAUUACGUAGCUCUAAAAAAUCAAGUAAUUAAAUGUGAGAGGAGAGUUUUGAAAGAAUUAGGUUUCUGUGUUCACGUUAAACAUCCACAUAAAAUUAUAGUCAUGUACUUGCAAGUAUUGGGAUAUGAAAAGAAUCAUGCUUUGAUGCAACUGUGUUGGAAUUAUAUGAACGAUUCUCUGAGGUCUGAUGUGUUCUUAAGACAUCAACCAGAGACUGUUGCUUGUGCAUGUGUGUAUUUGGGAGCGAGACAACUACAAUUACCUCUACCUACUUCUCCAGCUUGGUUUUCCCUCUUUAAAGUUACCGAAUCUUCAAUUAGAGAUGUUUGCCGUCGUAUAUUACGACUCUAUUUUCGAUCACGCGUUAAACCAGAACAGUUGGAAAAACGCGUGGAAGAGCUUCGGCGACAAUACGAGGAAGCGAGAACCAAAGCAAGAAGUGGAGAUGUGGACAGUCAUACACCGAGCCCACCACUGCCAAAACAUCAUAAUGCCUGGGGUGGAUUCAUUAGUCGUAGCGGAACUCAUGCAGCACCCGAAAGGACAAAAUCGCCUAGGCGUUCGAAAUCACCAAGUACUUCACCAUCUAGAGGUGAAGGAACAAAGCAUUCCAAGAGAAAGAAACAUAGUAGAAGCAGAUCCCGCAGUCAUAGCCAUGGACGUUCGCGAAAACCGAAAAAGACGCAACGAAGGCGCUCCGGCAGUCACAAAUCAUCGCGCAGCCGUUAUAGGUCGCGCAGCCGAUCCAGAGAUAGAGAUGUAGAAAAAUCUAGUAAACAUCGCAGUAAACAUAGGCGACACUGAAUCGUUCAAUGUACAAAGAAUAAUUGCGUAUGUUCGAUUGAAAAAAGAUGCUGCGAUCACAUCAGGAACAAUCCAAUCCAAUUGAAUUUGGAAUAUAAUAUGAGGCCUUUUUUAUCUCUGUUAAUUAACGUACAAUUAUAGAACAAUUAAUUUCUGCUGUAGGACACAUGUAUUGAAUUAAAUUAAAAAUCGCAACUGUAGAUUUAAACAAAUUAGCUCUUCGGCGAAAUAAGCUCAAGUACCUCAGGGAAUGGGUACUUGGACAUAAAUAUUACGAAUAACGAUACUUAAAGGGGGCGUGUAUUUAAUACAAAACUUGGAAAAUAAAAUUUUGUAUUCAUGUA